AUGGUUGCAAAAAAAAUAAAUAAAGUGUCAUGCUCUACCCCUGACCAUCGAGUAGAUUCACCAUCAAGAGACAUUGACUCGAUUUAUGAUUCUGAGGCAGCCAGUCCUGUACCUUUUCAGUGCACUCAAGAUGGUGUUGAAGGGGAGAGAGAUGUUGUAUGGAAUUUCUAUACACCAACUUCUAAAGCAAGCAAUUCAUACAAUAAAAAUUCUACACCAGUUAGCAGGAGAGUAAAAAAAACAAUAAGGCCAAAAGUAAUAGAAAAAGCAAUACCUAAACGAAGAAUGAUAAAAUCAUCACAGAAAAAAAAUGAAUUAUUACAAGAUCUUAUUACAUUAAAUCAAAAUGUGCUAGAAUUUCUGCCUAAAAAGAAGGAAAUAAAAACUGAAAAACCUCAAUCUGAAGAAGAUAUGUUUAGUGACACAAGUGAUAGUUCUCCUAAGAGCAUAUUUAAAAAUAAAACUCGGUGUUUACGUAAAAAUGUAUUGAGCUCAAAAUUUGUUAAUUCUGAAACAGAAAAUGGUUUAGAAUCUGAUGAUUCUAUAAAUGAAUGCUUAAUAAAAAUAAGCCAAUUUGUAGAAGAUAAAAUUCUGAGUAAUGAAUUUAAUAAAAACGCAAAAAGGCCGUGUCUUGAAAACGCUGGUAAAAGUGUACAACCUAAUGUAAACUUAAAUGUUGAUCAAGAUUCUAUAGAUGCUAUUUUAUGCAAUGUAAAUUUAGAUUCCCCAUUUGUAAAUAAAGUAAAAAAAUGUGAUACACCUAGGUUAAAUAAUGAUUCCUUUGACAAUUUAUUAGGAAAUUUGAAUGAUAGUGCUUUGGAAAGGUUAUCACAAAUACCAGUUAAGAAUGAUACAUCAAAAAAAAGAAAAGAAAAUGCAAAUUGGACUAUCAAAGAACUAGUAGGGAGUAGCCCGUCAAAUAAGUCUACUUUUGGUAGACACAACUCUAUGCCUGAAUCACCAUCAGUAAUAGAAACUAACAAACCUUCAACAAGUGGAAUGGUAUUUGGAAGAUAUAAUUCAAUGCCAUUUAAUAAAAGUGAAGAGAUAAUAUUAGAUGAUUCCCCCAUAAGAUGUACACCUGAUGAGAUAAAGAAAAAACACCAGCAAGCCAGAGAAAAACUUCUUGCUAAGAGACAAUUGCCAUUUACCUCUUCUGGACUCUCUUUGGCGCCAUCACAAAAUAUUGCUGUCCAGAAGAAACCCAUGUUUCAAUAUAAAAUCCCACCUUCUAAAAACCCAAUGGAUUUAAAAGUAAAUGAAGCUAAGUCGAUAUGUGAAAGAGAAUCUAAUGUUAAAACCAAUACAAAUGAACAUGUACAUAUUAAAUUGUUAAUUGAGAAAAAAAGACAAGAAGCCUUAAUGAAAUUAAAGAGAAGACAACUUCAAAAUAAAUCCUCU